ACGAGUUGGCAGCCCGUCGACUGUAUAUGCGUAAUUAACGCUAAUUAUGCAGAGAAAACAAUUUAGUUUCAUUUGAGCAGCAAUAAAGUGCGGGUGUAUACGUCACACGGUAUUUGCAUAACUUCAUAUGCAACAACAACUAUCAUUAGACAAAGGGUACUAGUGCGAGUCCAGUAAACAAAAACAAAAGCAACGAGAUAAGCGAAGACAAAGCAGAAGAGUUCAACUCGCCCGUUUGCAGAAAUUGAUAUAAUUAUUUUGCAGAAACGGCAAAAAAGAGAAAAAAACUGUAACGGAAAAACAAAAGAUUAUCAUACAUUUCGUGGAUACGCCCACUACUCUUCGAGAUUCCGUUUCAAUCACUGGUCAGUACGGAUUAAUUGAGUGCUGAGUAACGAUGGCGCGCGAGGACGAGGAACGCAUCGUGGACAAUGAGGAGGUGUCGAAUCCUGUGGAGGAGAACGAGGUGGCCGUUCGUGGCAACCGUCGGGAUAAUGAACUAACCCUUCCCUCUGGCGGCUGCUGCAUGCCCUCAAGUACAAGUCACCGGUUUAUGGCGCUGGUUUUCAUGUGCCUCUUGGGAUUCGGGUCCUACUUUUGUUAUGACAAUCCUGGAGCGCUGCAGAAAGAUUUCAAGAGAGAUCUUAACCUGACCUCCACAGAGUUCACGCUUAUCUACUCCAUUUACUCUUGGCCCAAUGUCGUUCUCUGCUUCGUGGGCGGUUUCCUGAUCGACCGCCUUUUUGGAAUUCGCCUGGGCACAGUUAUCUAUAUGCUGAUUCUGCUGGUGGGUCAGUUAACCUUUGCCUGCGGUGGCAUACUGGAUGCCUUCUGGAUGAUGAUUAUGGGUCGGUUCAUUUUCGGCAUUGGCGCCGAAUCACUGGCAGUUGCCCAGAACAGCUAUGCCGUUCUCUGGUUCAAGGGAAAGGAACUGAAUAUGGUAUUCGGUCUGCAACUGUCGGUGGCCCGAUUCGGCAGUACUGUUAACUUCUGGGUGAUGCAGCCCAUUUACGACUAUGUCAGCAACUUUUACCAAGGGCACACCGCCCUGGGCGUCGUCCUGCUGCUGGCAACUCUAACCUGUGUAAUGUCCAUGAUCUGCGCCCUAAUUCUAGGCUGGAUGGACAAGCGGGCCGAGCGGAUUCUGGAGCGUAACACCAAUCCGUCUGGACAAAUACCCAAGCUCACAGACGUCUUUUCAUUUAAACCACCUUUUUGGAUGGUUUCCAUCAUUUGCGUGGCCUACUAUGUGGCUAUCUUUCCAUUUAUUGCCCUGGGGCAGAACUUCUUCAUGGAUCGCUUCCAUUACAGUCCGGCAGAGGCCAACACCGUGGAUUCGCUGGUAUAUCUAAUUGCAGCAGUAUCGUCGCCAAUCUUUGGCUUUGUCAUCGACAAGUUGGGCAGGAAUGUGACCUGGGUGUUUACUGCGACGCUGACCACUAUCGGAGCCCAUGCCCUGCUUACGUUCACCCAACUGACACCCUAUGUGGGCAUGACCAUCAUGGGACUUUCGUAUUCCAUGCUGGCUGCUAGUUUGUGGCCUCUGGUGGCACUUAUCAUUCCAGAAUAUCAGCUUGGCACAGCCUAUGGCUUCUGUCAAUCUAUCCAAAAUCUUGGACUAGCCGUCAUCACCAUCCUGGCAGGAAUCAUUGUGGACCACAGUAACGGCGAACACAUGUGGCUGCAGCUGUUCUUUAUGGGCUGGCUGACUAUUGCCCUGAUCGCUACCGGAGUCAUUUGGGCUUACAAUAACAAGCAUCGCGGUAAUCUCAACAUGACCCCUCAACAGCGGGCACAGUUUGUCAGUGCCGAGAAUUAUCAGAACUUUGAAUAGAAUGGGAAGUAAAAGCGAGCGACACCCGCUGAUCUGAUUAUUAUCGGUUAUUUAGUGUAGACAUAAAAUUAUUUUCUGCGGGCAAUGCGCCAUGAUCUUGGUCCACGAUGUGAUGUUGAUGUGUGAUGUGCGUCUCGAGUCGCAAAUUGGUAUUUACUAACUGCAAUUGUUUGCCAACCGAGGAUGUGGGAUAUACAAUACGCCCUGAUCAGCCGUGAAUCAGUAUUGAUGUGUCAAAUGCGCUAUCUGCGAUUCAAGCCCGAUCAGGCCGCUAUUUUACGCUAUGUAUUUUUAGAGAAAUUUAUUAUUAAAGUUACCGCAUGUUAUUAUGUCAACGUUUUACAAAUUAAACUAAACAUCAAAUCCUAAAA